AUGGUAGAGACCCCAACAACGGAGGCCACGUCUGUGGAUAGUCGACGCACGUCGCCGAGUCUGCCCGUGUGUGAUGCGGCUCAGCAGCCUGGAGACAAUACCGCGGUGACUACAACUAACAGCGGGAGCGAGGCGGACAGUGCGCCCGUUGUUUGUGCCACCCAGGACGAGGCAGACGACAAGGAAAACGAAGAAGAAGAAGAAGAAGAAGAAGAGGAAGAAGAAGAGGAGGAGGAAGAAGAAGACGUCGUGUCGCUCUCGUCGGCUUUGGAGGUCCCUCAAAGUGAUGGGGAUGGGGAGAAGGCCGCCUCCGUUCCCAGCGCCUCGACGCCGCUCGACAUCGCCAUGUCGCCGUCCCCGUCGUCUGCAGCAUCUUCGCCCACUAAUGACGUGCUGGGUGUCAUGUCGGAUCCAAAGGAUGUCGCGUCUGACGGGGAUCCUGUGGCCCCACUUGUUUCCGAAUCUGGUAGCGCUCGGCCAGUUCCAACGCUGGAGAGAUCUCAUACUUCCGGUGAGCUCAUUGGUCUCCGGUCGAAAGAGCAGCAGACAGCUGGACUGGCGCUCUCGGGUAUAUCGUCAGGAUCUGCACCGUCUUUUGAAAUUGAGAGCGUGAUGCUGCCGACAGAUGGAGUCACUGAAACGGAGAUUGACAAGACGUCACAUACGGUGUUUUCCGUCCAAGUGCGACUACAGGGGGGACUGCAGUGGCUCAUUCGCAAGCGUUAUUCGGAUUUUCGAGAGCUCCAUGAUCGACUGAAGAGGACCAGCUCACCUGUGAAGCAACUAUUUUUUCCUAAACGUCACGUGUUUCGCAAUCGCCAUCAAAGCGUUGUGGAGCAGAGAAGAAGCGAACUGGAGAAGUAUAUCAAUGAAGUGCUGGACAUCCGUCCACUGAUCCGCGUACCGCUUUUUAACUUUUUGGAAGUGUAUGCGCACAUGGAGUCGUACGAACGCAAGAUGCAGCGCCACAAAAAAGAGCUUGAAUCAGAGCGGAUGAAAAACAUGCUUCCACCAGAACUGUUGGAAGAUUUUUCGACAGCUUUCAAGCGACUGUGUUCGUCCAAGUAUUUGUACCACGGAAAUACAGCUAGUGGGCAUACUGCAGAAGCUGAGAGCUCGCGCUGUUCUGCAAGUAGCGCGACACUGACUUCUUCAGGACCCACAAGCGGGCGACCCCCGACGUCACCAGUUAAAGAGGCGACAGCGACAAGCUCGAGUAGUGUGGGGAAACCCUCAAAAGACGGCACUACAGAGGAACACGGAAAUUGCCCUGGCGUCAUUACGCAUACGGCGGGAUCGCAGAUUUGUAUCAGCCGGGCUUCUUUCCGCAGGGAUAUUCUUGGUGUUUUCCCUGACAUGCCGUCGAGUUUCGCGAUGCGUUUUAUGAAAGCAGUGUCCGAUCGGCAAGGCUCUGAUAUUAACAUGGAUGAAUUUUUACGCACAGUGGCAAUUUUACGCUGUGGCACGAUGGAAGACCAGCUUCAAUUCGUUUUCAAUAUGUGCGAUCUGGACCACGCAGGAAAAGUGCAGAGCUCGGGGCUCAAUAAUUUUUUGGUGUCGCUGCAGGGACGACACGUGUUAGAUCGACUGGAAUACCGCCGUCUUUUGAACGAGGGUUUUGACCAGGGCCGUGUGCGUAUGGGCUGCGAUGACUUUUUUAAGAUCGUUCCAGAACUUAAGGCAUAUCCCACUCUUGUAGACUGGAUGGCGCCUUUCGCAGAUAUUCUGUGCGAGACGGCUGACCCACAGCUACUCGAAUCACAGGAAGAAUUCAACCCUGCAGUGCAGCAGAAAAUUCUUGCCAACGAAACUCACUUCAAUGCCAAGGAAGUAGCCAUUCUCCAAGAUGCUUUUAAGAACUACUGUGCAUCCGGAGGCGGCGAUGCGGUGGACGUGGAUGCUCUAACGAGUGAUUUUCCGCUAGAGAUGCCUGACGAGCGAUUUUGUCGCGUUUUCUCAUGCUUUGGUUCGCGUGCAAACGGUUGCGAUAUUGACGUGUUUAGUUUCGUAAGUGCACUGUCAACAGCUUGCCGAGGCAGUAUCAAUGAAAAAGCUGCUUUCGCGUUCAAGCUUUUUGCAAGUGCUGGUGAUGGUUCCUUUAUGACCCGUGAGGAUAUAUACAGUAUGCUUCGACUGGACAUUACGCAGAAUCCAGACCUGGAAAAUCAGAUCACGGCGCUCAUCGAAAAGAAGCAGCCGCCAUCUCUGAGUGCAUUGAAGAGUUCAUCGUCUUCAUCCUUGAUCGAAAACAUGGGCCCGAGAACACCAUCAGUAUCGGGGUCCGAAUUGGGCGUGUUUGUUGAUGGUAUCAUGAAGAGAUUUGGACAUCGAAGGAGCAUUUGGGAUGCGAGCUCAUCGGUAGCGCAGACUGAGGCUCUGACACUUACGCUUACCGAGUUUACAGCAUGGGCGGUGAAGCAGAAGUACGAGAUGGCGACACUGCGAAUCAUCCGCGAAGUUGCGUUUAUCGAUUUGGGUCUAGUUCCGGCUACUAAGGAAGAGGAGUUGUUGAUUUCGACGGGAUGUUAUAUACCAUAUGACCCCACAACGUUGGUAGAGAAUGACCGAUGGUACCUGAUUGAGCGCAAGUGGUAUAUACACUGGUGCAGAUACAUUAAGAUUCAUGUGAAGGAGUCUCUGUUGCUUUCGCCCCCUGUUGCGAGCCCUACCACAACCGCGACAUCCACUCCUGGCACGUCUAAGGUGCAGGCAAAUGGCUGUGGCACUACCAACAAGGACAACUACAUGAAAAACCUCAAGGGAGAGAUUGUCCGCCCAAAGUGCAUUAACAACUACCCGCUACUGACGAAUGAUCGUCGCGACCGCAUACUUAAGCCGUCUGAGGACAUAAAGCUUGGUCGUCAUUAUGUCAUCAUUUCCGAGCAAUUAUGGAUGGCACUAAAGCUAUGGUACGGUGGUGGACCCGAGAUUCAGCGACAGGUGGUCGUUGCAGCCAACGGCGAUUCCCUUUUGGAUGUUUGGGAAGCUGAUACAAAGAAACGGGUGUCGCAGAAGAAACCGAAGGAAAAAGAACAGGACACGCCUGAUGAAGAGGAGAAGAAUGAAGAUGUGGAGAACGAUUCUUCUUCAGUGCUAUCUGAAGAGGAGGAUGUUCGAAAGCAGGAAUUCGCACUCCCUCGCCGAAUGCGUUCGGGUGGAUCGGUCGGGCUUACCAAUCUUGGUAAUACAUGUUACAUGAAUUCCGCCUUGCAGUGUCUUACCAACACGAAGUUGCUGGCUGAGUACUUCUUGUCGGGGAUGUAUUUGGAGGAUAUCAAUCGCACCAGCACGCUUGGCCUUCAAGGAAAGCUGGCAGAGGUGUAUGGCAAGCUUGCUGAAGACAUGUGGUGUGUCAAACAGAAAUCGAUUUCUCCAAGAAACUUCAAAAAAUCUAUCGGCAAAUUCAACGAGGCGUUUCGCGGAAAUGACCAGCAAGACGCACAGGAAUUACUUGCGUUUCUGCUGAGCGGACUGAGUGAGGAUCUAAACCGUAUUCAGGACAAACCUUAUAUUGAGCAGCCGGACAGCGAUGGCCGUUACGAUGCAGAUCUUGCCGAUGAGUGGUGGCGCAAUCAUCUACGACGCGAAGUGUCGAUUAUUGUUGCUUUGUUCACGGGUCAGUACAAGUCACUGCUUACGUGCUGUGUCUGCAGCUUCAAGUCUGCACGAUUUGAGCCUUUCACCUUUCUGCAGGUUCCAUUACCCGAACCCAAGCAUAAUACGGUAACGGUGCAGCUGAUGCUUGCUAAUGGAGUGACUCCUGUUAAAGUGUCAGUGCGACUGAGUAUUUUGGCCACGAUUUUUGACUUGAAGCACGAACUAAUGGAGAUGUGCCAUGAAGAGUUUGAUCUGCCUGGCGUGUCCGAAGGCGACAUUAAGCUGUGCGAAUUCAGCGGAUCAACAAUAUUAAGUUUCAAGGCUGAUAAUCGCCGUGUGGGACAGAUUCGCAGUAUUGAUCGGCUUAUUGCGUUUCAAUUAGAGCCCCUUGAUGCAGCAACGAUUGAGGCCACGCGGUAUCGUCGUCCGUCAUACGUCCAGGCUGUUGGAACGGGUGGACUACGACAGGACGAAGCUGAUUACUCGUCUUUCUACGAGAAGCUGGCAAAGGGAGCUUUGGUUGAUGUGCGCAUGCGAGCUCAGUCGCACGAGCACAUUCCGGCGGUUGUCGUGGAGCCAGCCAUAGCACAUCCCGACUAUGAAGACCAACCAGUCGCGCUCGUUCGCCUCCAUCGUACAGAGGACGAGCUAAAGGUUCCGCUAGAUCGGUUGCGACCUCGUCAAGCGCGACUUCUAUACAUCCCGCUGCUUUCGCGCAAGCUGAGUUACUCGGCUGUAUACUUCAAGAACCCAUUCAGGCCUGUUCCCUUUGGCUCGCCAAAUAUUGUUCGACUUUGCCCGGAGCUUACUAGUGGUCUUAAUUUGUAUCAACUGGUUUGGGAACGUGUAAAGAGAUACGUGGGCCCGAACGCGCUACCUCCAACUGAGUGGGCAGGUGACGACGCGCUGGACGCUGACCGCCUGGUUGCGAACCACAUCGAUAGUGUUUUUGCGGGUCUCGACAGCGCUUACGUGACAAUCAGCUCAAAGUGUGGAUUCCUGCUGCGCCGUGUUGAAAACAAGGGACUGACCGAUUCGCGGUCAUCGUGGCUCACGCGGAGUUUCGGUUUUACAAUUCCGUGUACAUCAGACCCACUUGACAUAUUAGAAGAAGAAGCCGUUGCCAUUGAUUGGGAUCUUAGCGUGUUCCAGAACCGCGAGAUGAUGGACAAAAUGAAACAGAUUGAGAGCCACGAUAGCGUUGCGCGUAAUGAAGCAAUUGACAAGGGCCCAGUUCCCUUGAAGCACUGUUUGGACGCGUUUACGAGUGAAGAGAAGAUCAGCGAGGGCUACUGCUCUAGCUGCCGACAACACCAGGAAAUGACGAAGAAGCUUGAGAUCUGGCGUUUACCGCCUGUGAUGGUGGUGCAUCUGAAGCGUUUUCAGUACACACAGACGUAUCGUCGGAAGCUAGCUUCUCUCGUUGAGUUUCCUAUUCACGAUUUGGAUCUCUCGACCUGCGUGGCUCCUCACGUCGAUAUUCCGGAGAAGUAUCCAUUGAAAAGACCGAAAAGCAAGCUGGUACCACCCCCUGCACGAAAGCUCAUGAAGACCAGGUCUCGUGGUGGGAGUGCGUUCAGCAGCGGAUCAACCCCACCUGUUUCUCAAGUAUGUGGAGCCGACAACACGUCAAAUGAGGCUGCUGGAUCUGGUUUUGAUAGGACUAAUGAGCUGCUAGCCGAAGAAGAGGCAGGCGAAGACACAUUGGUGGAAAAACUUGGGAAUAGCGAGCUGCCAGCAAAUGCAGGUGCCUCUGUCGUAGAUGAAGAAGAGCUGGCAGCAGCUGGCAGCCCGGCCACGACGGAAACCACAUCGUCAACAACCGACAGUCAGCGUGCAGCUGCACUUCAAGCAGCAGCGGUACGCAAUCGCGUGCGUCGUGGAUAUACGAACUCAAACUUGGACCAGUCCCGUUGUCUCGAAACCAGAUAUAAUCUGUACGGCGUUGUGAACCACCAGGGAGCACUCGGUGGUGGCCAUUACACGGCGUACGCGAAAAGCUUUGUCGACGACCAGUGGUAUUAUUACGAUGACGAGCGUGUCCGUGUUGUUGAGGAGCAGCAAGUGGUCAGCCCGUCUGCCUACUUGCUCUUUUAUAUCCGAUCCGACAUGGAAGGCGUGCUUGUGAAGGAUAUGUUCCCGAAAAACAUGACGACAGGCGCGAUUACGGAUGAAGACAUCGAACGUUUUGUUGAGGGGGGUGAUGAGCGCCGCUGCAGUAUCAUGUAA